GGCAGUUCUGUGUGUGAUUGUAAUUUUGAUUAAAUUGAAAUUAUUUGAUUUAAUUGCUACAAAAAUAAAAAGAAAAUUUUUUUUUUAAUAAAAAGUAAUAUAUGUAUUUAAUAAGAUGGUGAAACAUUUGGCAACUUUCAUGAGAGAUAGAAAUCAUUGCCGUGGUGCAUAUUACAGAGUGAAUAUUAAAGAAGAAAUUGAAAAAUUUAAAAAACGAAAUCCAAAUGAAACGCCAAAGAUAAUAUUUGACUUUAUGGCUUGCAUUGCUAUGGUAGCUGAUAAAGAUCCUAUGGAUGUUUUUACUGGAGGUCGUCAAAUAGUAUGUGCAAAUUAUGCAAAACAACUUUGUGAACACUUUAAAGAACUUGGAGCUGAAUUAGUUUUCUUUAUUGAUGGGCCAAUUAAAAAAUGUAAAAUACCGCAUCAUAUUGAAAACUCAAAUCAAAAGUAUUUGAAUCAACAAAAUAUAUUUGAAUACAUAAGGAAUGAAGAAAAACCGAAAAUAUUUUCACCUUCUCAUAAAAUGUCAGUUUAUAUAAAUAAUUUUCUUACAACAAUUAGAAGUUAUUCAAAAAUUUCUAUAUCAUUUGCAAAUGAAUGUGAUUUAGAUAUAGCUAAUUAUGCAACACAAUGUAAAGCAUUAGCUGUAGUUACAUGUGACACAGACUUUUUAAUUUUUCCUGGAAAUUGGCAGGUUUGGAUAUCAAUUCUUUUCAAUAGAGAUCAAUUUACAAUUUUUGCAUGGAAUAAAAUGAAUUUACUGAAAAACUUGAAUUUGAGAAAAAACCAUAUGCCAAUUUUUUCAACUUUAUCUGGAAACGAUUUCGUAAAAUAUGAAUAUGUUCAGUAUCUCCAUAAAAGCGAAGAUAAGGAAAAACCAAAACAAAAAUAUUUGGCAGAAUAUAUUUUGAAAGAAUUUCCAAGAGGUGUUCCUCUCACAAAAGAUCAAUUCAAUAAACUGGCAAAACUAGUUUAUAAUUAUGGUAACAAUAAUAUUACUUUACAAAAAGCCAAAGAAAUCGUAAGCUGCAGUUUGAAUUCUUAUAACUAUGAUAAACGUGAAAAACCAAAUGUGGAAAUAUGGUUGAAACAAUACAUUCAAUCGACAAAUUCAAUAGUGCCUUACAUGAUACUGAAAGAUUUUAUUUUAACUAUAAAUCAAUCAUGGAUGGAUAUGUCACUUACCGAAUUUAAACCAUAUAGCGAACUAGUAAUACCAAUAGUUCGUCGUCAAAUGGGUAUAUUAUUGGAUCAUAAACGUGAAAAAUAUCCUGAAAGAGAUAUAUGUUUCAAACCAAGUCAUGAGGAGCCAUAUCAAAUAAAAAAAUUUUCUCCAAUUUACUAUGAAAAUGGAACAGUACCAAAUUUAGAAGAUCUGCUACGAUCAUCAAAUUGUACUUCAGGAGAUUGUGAUUCAGAGAAUAUGGAAAAUACUGUUACUGAAGAAGAAAAGUUUUCAUUGCUUUGUUGGGUAUCUUCUACAAAAAAUGAAAUUUUAGCAACUGAACAGUUGCUUAAAUUUCGCGAUAGUCCAUUCCUUUUACCUAUGAUGUGUGGCAAUUACCUUGUAAAGGAAGCCCAAAUUACAAUUGAAGAAGCUGAUAUUUUACUAAUUUCUAUAAAUGAAGCCAUGAAUUCUAGUAUGGAAAAGUUAUUGUCAUUAAAACCACCUGAAAUAGUUAAAUCAAGACACGUUUGGAUUUCUUUAGUAUAUAAUCGUCUUUUGGAAAUUUUUAGAAGUUCGUUAGCUGUCUGCGGAUUAUAUCGCUACUCUAAAAUAUCAUAUUUUGAUGGAUAUAUUUUUCAUAAAAUGAUGCAAAAAUAUCCAAUAUUGAGCGAAGAUAUUAAGCAACGGGAACUGGAACGUAUUAAAAAUUAUAGAAUUUAUGUUUCAUAAUUCUUAUAUAGAGACUUAUAUAUGUAUAAAUUAUUUAUUAUAUGUAUUUACAUCAUUAGAUUUUGUAAUUCAUUUUAGUAAUAAAUAUGAUGUAUAUUUUGUUGUUUUUUUUUCUAUUAAUUUGUUUAUUAACUUUUAUUUUUAUUAAAAUAAAUAAAUUAACAUUAAAAAAGUA